AUGAGUUGGUUGCGCUCGAAACUUCGUCUCGUAGCAGCACGUGCAUCGGAUGUAUUAGCAGACAUUAUCGCUCCAACAAUAUUUGAAUCACGUGUGGAUGAAUUUCAUCAUCGAUGGACAACUGUCAUGCGUUUACUUGAGUCGAUUUUAUCACGUGAGUUAGACCCAUUGGAACAACGUCGGUUGUUACUUGAGAGUCAAACCCGUGAAACUUUAUUAAAAUUAGUAUUACUUAUUUAUGAAGAAGAAAAUAAUUCCGAUCGAUGGGAAAUGAUUAUGGCACGUCCACGGGGCAAUACUGAUGACGUUAUGAUGAUGAUGACGGCAACAACAACAACAACGACUGAAUCACGCAAUCGAUCAUGUUCGGAAUCGCAAUCAUUCUUAUUAUCAUCACCAUCAUUCAUCCAAGAAGAUCAAGGAUCAUCCCAUGAAUGUUUAGAAUAUUUGUUAUUAAAACAAAUCAUUCCACAAUUAUGUGAAGCAGGACGACGUGAUCAACCUUGUGGUAUUAUGUCACUUACAAUGCAAUUUGUUGGUGCAUUAUUAAGUCGCGUGAAUUAUCCAAUUUUACCUACACGGGAAGUUCAUGUAUCGGUUGUUGCAUUGAUUCAAGCAGCAGCACGUAAAGAAGUGGAAGAUCCGAUUGUACGGAAAUAUUUGAUUAAUUUACUCAAUAUCUUGUGGAAAAAAUUACGUGGAGAUCCCGUACAGACGGAAUUCUUUUUUCUUCAUGCUGAUAAAUUGAUGAUACGUACAACAGAUAUGACAAUGCAAAUGAAUACAAGUACGAGCACGAGUGACGUACCACUUGAUGCAGCUAAUGAUGAUCCAUUCUUGUAUCUUCAUAAUCACCAUACACAGAGUGAAGUACCUGAACUUAUUUUGUUUACGGGACUCUUACCACAUAUGUACGCAGUGGGGAAAAUUGGAGAAAAAUGUCGCGAAGCAUUGGUCAUUGCAGCAGCAGUACAUGAUAAAGCACUUUGUCGCUUUGUGCUACAGCUUACUCCGUUCUGCCACUACGCAGUCAAUGGUGUUAUCUCAGCAUUUGACGCACUACCCAAGACGUUGGCAUCGACGACAAAGAUUCUUGCUGCCGCAGCAAAUUCAGUCGAUCUGGAUGCAAACAUGGAUGUGGAACUUAGCUUUCUUGCUGUACGAUUGCGUUUUUGCUGCACACUGGCGAUGGUGGCUCGGUACGAACUGGAAGAAGUGGAUGAAGUCACAGGUGAAUUGCAGCGUCGAUCUAUUGCUGAUGAACUUUUGGAUCAGUUCCGGACGCGUUUCUUGCAAGGUCCGCUUCUUGAAGGACUUUUGCACACAUCUGAAGCUGCCGCUUGUGCUGCCACACUCUACGCGCGCAUAAUUUUGGAAGAGCUGACAGCCUGUGGUCGCGACACUCGAGCCAACCCACUGCUUCUCAUUUAUUUACAAUUUCUGCUUGAGCGCGCGCCUACGUAUACAAAGAAGACAUCUCAGGUGAAUCCAAUGGCAGUCAUUGGGAAAGAAAAGACACUGGUGCCUGUAGAUCCAAAACCACAAACGGAUAAAUCUUCUGUAGCACAUCAGCUGCCGUCGGAGUUACUACGUCACGUGGACUCUCUUUCAUGCUCCUUGUGUAUUGCUACCAUUGACUUGUUCACAAGUGUACUGGAGCUACAGGACGAGUAUGCGGACAGCAUACUGCUCGGGACAGGUAAUGGACGAGAGAGAAAUGCUGAGAGUGGAGGCGCGUGGAGCCCGCGGAAGCGCUCGCCCACCACUUGCUCGCUAUCAAGUCUUAGUGCAUCUAAUAAUAGUGCUGUCGGAUUCGCAUCGCGGUUUCCCGAUUCGUCGGUGGCUUCGAACGUCCAUCUUUGGAAAAUCCGUGCAUUUGUCGGACCAGAGGAUAUCACGGCGGAGAUUCCGGUAGCCGACGAUCAGGAAGACCAGGUGCUGUCACUGCUUUCUUACAUUGCUGAUGCCGAGUACGCUGCAUGCCAGCGCCGCCCUGAAGAGACGGAUGAUUUUGAUGACGAUGAAGUUGACUUGCAAGAAGAGCUUAUAGCAUCACCGGUAGCAAUAUCACAGUCGGAAGAGGCUGAACGCGCCGCUCCAUUUGCUGCUGCAGAUGCGAUCUCGCCUACAAAAGGAUCGUCGAGUCAAAGUACUGCUACGCGCAAUACGGUGAAGCCGCUGCGUGAUGUGUAUUUAAGCAUCAGUUUGCCGUCGUUUUCGCCUGCUGAACCGGCUAGGCUUCGAGAGCGGACUCAAUCGCCAUUCCCGCAAACAGUGACUGUUGGAAGUGCUGAGGGAAACUUACCGCUCUUUUUACGCAUUGUUUUGAGUCGCGUUGAGCGUCUGUUGGAAAACUCUUUCCAGGAAAAUUUAGCGCUGUCGGGCUUGAUAUGUGCUCUUGCUCAAAAGGACCGGUGCUCAGCGCUCAUUUUUGACCUGGACGAAGUGAUGCCAGUGGGUGAAAGUCUGCGCAGUAUUCUUGAAGAGGUGUAUGCUGAUGCCGUGCGCCGCUUGGAUCGUUUGCCGAACGGUCCCGCCCAGCUGCAAGAACUGCGUAAAAAGCUUGUGGAAGAGGACAAUGAUACAGCGCUCAACGAUCACGAGGCAGAGACACGGCUGUUGUGCGGUUAUGUGGUGCUGGACGAGAUCCUGAAAGAGCUUUGCUCGCUUCUUUUUGCCCGCGAGCGCAUCAAGACUCUCCCGCUUAAACCCGGGGGAUAUUAUUUGGAGCCAAAACAACGCGCUAGAUCGGUGUUGCCUUCGUCGGUGAUGCAGCGCGAGCGCGCACCGUCAAGCGAAACCUUUUUUUCAGACGACGACUCACAAGUGGACGAGGCUUCACCUCGAAAAGAAGUUAGUGCCAGCAAGGAGUUUGAAGCACUGUUGGCCGAAGCUCAGUCUAGCAUGGAUGACUUACUGAUUGGUUCUGGUGAGAACGCGGUAGUGCAUGCUUUAGAAGCGGAACUGGAGACCCUGAUUGCAUAG